AUGCCUCGUCCAGUCACCAUAACAUAUACUUUACAUCCCUCACCUACUCCUUCGACAUCCAAUUCGACCCAGGUUCUACAAUCUGCAAUAUCAGGCAUAAAAUCUCAUCUACCGUUGAGAAACCUACACUGGAAAUCAUCGACAAGGACUUCUAUACGAACUAUCCAAGAAGUAGACAUUGAGCUAGUUGAAUUGGGUGAAAUCAACUCUGUACGAGAUAAUUUAGGUGGAAUUGGUGGAAAUGGUAGCUCAGUACUGGAUACACCUCUGGUCAAUCUUUGUUUGGUAGUCUGUGAGGAUGCCGAAGUGUAUAAAAACCAAACUCGCUCUUUUAUAAGAGAUUGGUUAUCUCUUUUGGCAGCACGACGUACCCCUCAUGCACCAUUGAUUGUCCUGGUUAAUCCACCCAAUCCAGCGGGGCAUGCAGCUGGAGGUAAGAGCGUUUGGGGGAAAGAUAAAGGAGUGCUAGGUAAACUGAAAACUGAUUUUAACGUUGGUAAAAGAGAUAGAUGCGUCCAAUUGAACCUACCUCAAGUAGGAUCAUAUGAUCCAGCAGCUUGGCCAGAGGUGAUGAACAAAUUGAAAGAAUCCCUAGUAUCAGCAUUUGACUCUGCUAUCAUAGAAAGAGAAGAAGAAGUUAAAAGAGGUGAAGCUCAAAGAUUGAAUGUCGGUUGGAAUUUCUGUACUUGGUUUUUACUCAAAGAAUCUCUUGCGAACUCAUUCGAAUCCGUGAACUUGCCCGAAGACUCAUUGUUAAUUUACGAAGAACUGGAAGCGUCUUUUUUUCAAGUAUUGAAGGAACAAAAUUUAUCUUGGUUCGGAAUAUCAAAGCUUGGUGCUACACAUCCUGGAGAUGAUUCAUUACCAAUUCUGGAUACGACCGUAAAACCAUACAGAGAGUUAAUGAGGAGUAGUAUGAUUAGUAUAUUCGAUUUUAGGAUAUACCUCUUUGCUAGACAAGGUCAACUUUUAGGUAAACUUGGAAGAAUAACUGAAGUCGCUAAAAGAGGUCAAUGGUUUGUCGCUUCUUUGACUAGAAGAUUACGAGAAGCCGAAGAAUCGCUUGCUCAACACUUCAUCGAAUCUUGGACAUAUACAGCUUGUAUGGAUAUCGUGGACAAGUGUGACCAAUGGUCAAGGAUAGAUAGACCCAAUGGUGACUAUUCAGGUUUAGUAGCUUACGAAUCUGCAAGAUCAGAGCUCUUAGAUAUCGCUCGAAUACAGGUUGAACGGAUAGGUGUAUCUUCAGGUCAUCUUCCGCCUAUAUACCCUUUCAAUCCAGCUUCUUCACCAUACCCCAGUACAAUCCAAGAAGACGUCUUGUUCGAAUCUUCUUCGAACGGUUUAUCCGAUGACGAAGAAUUACAACAUACACCUCAAUCCGCUUCGGAACAAAGACCGAUAUUGUCAAACGAACAACUGAUAGAUGCUCAACAAGAUGAAGGCAAUUGUAGAGCUUUAUAUGCGGGACUGACUAGGAAGACUAUAAAAGCUUAUGAAGCAUGUGGAAAAGUAAAUUCGGUCACUAGACUGAAAGCCGAUUUAGCUGCUUUAGCAUUAUAUACUCAAUCGUGGUCAGAAGCAUAUGACCUUUCUAGAAGAUUGGCGAAAGACUGUGCGGAAUUUCUCACUUGGGAUCCAAUAUCGAAGUUCGCUCUCGAAGGAGCUUUACAAGCGCAUAGAGAACUAAAUAUGGGGAAAGACGAAGAUUGGGAAAAUCUAGGUUUGGCCUAUCUACGAGCAUGCGCACUAGUCGACAAAGACAAGGAACAGGGCCUAGAGGGCGUGCAAAUCGACUUUGAGGAACUGAAGAGGACGGUAGAAGGGUUGAGGGAAAGUGACACAGAACAAGAUGUGGAAGAGCAUAAGGCGUUUGCUAUCAGGAUUAUGAGUGGUCAAGCUGAUCAUGCAGAAGACGGGGAUCAAACUUCUAUAGAAAUAGGAGUAAACAACGUCUUACCUGUACCGAUAGAAGUGGAUCAUAUUUCAGUAGAUCUUACGGAUAUGCAAGGCGAGACGAUAAGCUUCUCGAACGAAGGCGAAAUACUGCAGCCAGGAGACAACACAAUCAAGGCAAUUUGUUCUACCUCUACACAAGGGUUAUACAGCCUUCAGAUAGCUACUGUGUCUCUGGGAUCAGUCAAUUUCAUCUAUAACAAGGCUGAAGAAGAAUACAAGUUGCGUGUGAAGCGGGAUCCCAGAGGUGUCGAAGCGAGGUUGAGAAUGCCUUAUGACAUAAAACUUGACGAAGACACCAAAGUAGUAGUUGAGAUCAAAGCUGGAGUAGUCGAGAUGAAAGACGUCAAAAUGAGCCUAAGGUCAUUGGUAGGAGAAGUCACCUAUCUUGUGCAGGUGGCACAGAUGAGUGAACAAGAGGUCAACGUCGACGAGUCAGCUUUGGUAAACAUCGGAGAUCUCGACCCUGGAGAAGAUGUCGACAUAGCUAUUCCUUACACUGGUAUUCCACAAGGGGAAUAUGCAAAGGCGCAAAUUGUACUACAAUACGAGACUUCAUCGGGCCCGAGAGAAUGGAUAGAUACACAAGUUAUAUUCAUGGGUCUACCACUGACAGUCAAUGUUCAGGAUUUCUUCCGACCAGAAUGCCUGUUAUCGCAUUUCACGAUAGCGUCCGAUGGCAGAGAGUAUCUUCGUAUAGCUUCAGUCGAGUUGUCCCCGCCUCAAGAAGGAAGUCACGCGGUAGAAGCGUGUAAGAAGCAAUGGGAAAACAGCGCCACUAUCACACCGCAUCAGCCGUUAUCUUGCUUGUUCAAGGUGCGAAAGCAUGGCAAAGCUGACGGCAACGGAGCUGUGUUGAGAUUGCGUAUACGGUAUCGUAGUCUGGAAGAAGAGGUCCGAAUAGCUAUCGAAAACGCUUUCCAGAAGCUUCCCUCUUCAUCCCGUGACUCCGUCCGUCGCAUAGCGGGGGAAUGGGCCAGAGAUAGAGGGCAGUGGUUGCGUCCUUAUCUACUAGGUACUUCACUUGCAGAGACUUUGAGCGAUGUUCUGUGGUCGCAGCAUGUAGAAGGGUCAGACGAGCUUUUAAAGGCGAUCGAGAAUGAUCCAGUGGAAAUGUGGCGAACACUCGAGAUACCAGUUGACGUUCCUCAGCAUCGGCUCUUGACGACGGUUCGAAUAUCGCCCGCAUCUUCCAGAGACUCAGACGCGCCCAAAGAAGUAUACGAAGGCAGAGCUAUAAAUAUGAAAUUGACUUUAUCAACUAGUCAUACAUGGUCGGGAUCUGACCCGGACUCAACUAAAGAACGGAUAUUAGUAUUUGAUAUUUCGAAUAACGAAGAUUGGCUAAUCCUGGGUAAGAAGAAGGGAUAUUACACACCCGAUCCUACAAAACCAGAAGAACAGAUAAUCAUUCUUAUACCACUGAAAUCAGGUCAAUUGUUCUUACCAAAUGUGAAUAUUCAAUUAUUACAAAAUCCAAAUUCAAAUUCAAAUCCAAAUCUGGGGAUCGAGAGUGAUCGACAAACACAACUACUAUGCGAAACGUAUUUCGAGAAUGCAGCUCAGAGCAUAACCGUCUUACCUGCUAAAAAAGAGGUGAAUGCGAUCGUACCUAUACCUGUAGCCACUAAUGAAAUCUGGGAAGGAGAGAGAAUAUGA